GUGAACGUUUCAGUUCGGAUUCCAUUCAGACACUUUUCAACCACGACUUCGAUCAGUUAGCCUAACUGAUUUCCGUGGAUUGUAAACAUUCAAAACGUAUUCAUUUGCAUGUAUCGUAAACUUUGAACUACGGAAAUGUAUGUGCAUCUGUGAGAGAUAUCGAAAGAAGUUUUCAAUUAUCAACCGUUGGCAACAACUGGAACGGACGGACCAUGAAAGUACCGGAUUGCUCAAAAUACACAUGCAAUCUAAAAUUGAUGAAAAUUCAGUCUCCUGGAGAGAAACGAUAUGUAAGCGUCACGGUUCCCGUACCGCCGGUGACAACAUUAAAAUCCCCUAUACAUGGCAAAAGGUAUUCAUGGCGCAACGCUUGGAAGUUGGGAAACCAUCACCACACCAGUGCAACUGGUUCGAAAUCUCGCCAAAACAAGCUUAAUACCAAGGAUAAAUGUUAUGACGGCGACGAUCGGGAGAUUUCAUGCACAUGUCGCCUUCAAACGGCUAUGAAGGAUGAAUAUCUAUCAAUGCCCUGGUUUGGAAUGGAUAUUGGAGGAACUCUUACGAAACUUGUCUAUUUUGAACCGAAGGAUAUUACCCCGGAUGAACAAGAUGAGGAGGCCGACAGCUUACGUAGCAUCAGACGUUAUCUAACAAAAAAUUCCGCUUACGGCAAAACGGGCCACAGAGAUGCACAUCUGCAGAUGGACAAUGUGGAGAUACGGAAGAGAAAGGGAUCUCUGCAUUUUAUUCGCUUUCAAACUACUGAUAUGGGCAACUUUUUAUCUUUGGCCAAGCAAAAGGGCAUGGCUGAAUUGGUAACCACAGUUUGCGCGACAGGAGGAGGGGCGUUUAAGUUUGAGAAUGAAUUUCGAGAGCAAGUCAACAUGAAACUGGCCAAGUUCGAUGAACUUGACACGCUCAUCAAAGGCAUUCUCUUUGCAGAAAUUCAGAACCGCACCGAAUGUUAUUACUAUGAAAAUGCGAGGGAUAUUAUCAAGAGCGAGAAGAAGGCAUUUGAUUUCUCACAGCCCUAUCCAUUCAUUUUGGUAAAUGUUGGGUCGGGGGUCUCCAUAUUGGCCGUUUAUGGUCCUGACAAUUACAAGCGCGUUUCUGGUACAAGUUUGGGCGGUGGUACAUUUCUCGGACUAUGCUGCCUUUUAACAGGCUGCAAUACUUUUGAAGAGGCUAUACAGCUCGCUACAAAGGGAGACAAUCGCAAAGUGGAUAAGCUGGUAAGGGACAUAUAUGGCGGAGAUUAUGACCGCUUUGGUUUGACUGGAGAUCUGGUGGCCUCAAGUUUCGGACAAAUGCACCUGAAGGACAAACGAUCAUCUGUAUCACGUGAAGAUCUUGCGAAUGCCACGUUGGUGACAAUUACAAAUAAUAUUGGCCUGAUUGCUCGAAUGUGUGCACUUAACGAAAAAAUGGACAAGGUCGUCUUUGUUGGGAACUUUUUACGCGUCAAUCCUAUAGCAAUGAAGCUCUUGGCAUACGCUAUGGAAUUUUGGUCAAAUGGUACAUUAAAAGGUUUGUUCUUAGAACACGAGGGAUAUUUUGGAGCUCUUGGUUGUUUGCUUCAAUUCAAUGGAGAGAUUGCAGCUGCACUCAAUGAAACGUCGGACAAAAGUGCUUCUUGUUCACAGACCUCUUCAACGAAUAAACCGGACACACAAUCGUCAGUGGACACAGCCCUCACGUCCGUUGAUUCCAGUCCACCAAAAGAAACUCAGAGAUAGUUGUUAGUAUUUGCUUAAAUGGUGCCUUUAUUUAUGUAAGUUAGUUUUACAACAUUAUCCCCUAUUGUCUCUUAGCCAAUAUAUGGUUGAUUUUUGCUUUUCCAUUUUGUUUCCUAACGAUAGAUAGCUUAAAUAUUUAUAUCUAUGUAUGUACAUACCCUAAUUUAUACGUCGCAUAUGCUAAAGGCAGGCAUAUGGAUUUGCAGGUGAAGUUGGUACCUUCCUUCUAAUCACAUUCUGACGGCAAUGGCACUGCACAAUAUAUCACUUUUUAAAUACAUACUUGUUUUUAUACAUUCUGUUGUGAUUUACUUGUAUUUUAUUUUAUUGUAGAUUCUUUAAUUUGUCUAAAUGCCCCAUGUAUACCCUAUUGUUUGUAAAUUGCCCCUUAGGUGCGAAAUAAAGAUGAUCACUACCUUAUGUUAUUGGAAAUAAA